AUGGAUCAAUUACCUCCCGAGAUUGUGGCCUUGGUCGUAUCCUUCCUGGACGAGGGGAAUGUCGGCGCUUACGCAACAGUCUCUCGCCAAUGGCAAGUCGCCAUCGAGAACGUCACUUUCCGCAGACUCCGCGUGCAGAGCAGCGAACUCGCCUUGUUCUCCGAAAGACUGGCACAUCCGCGUCGCAGAGCCACACUAGGCGAGAUCGCCUACGAGGUCAUCCUGCCCGCCUAUUCGGUGGACCGGUGCGCCAAGUUCGAGCGGAGGCGGGAGCGCGAAGUCAACAACGCCGCGUUCAACAAAGCAAUCACCGAACUUUUCGCACUGCUGAAGAGCUGGGAAGAGGAGGACGGAGGAAGAAGCGGACAACACCACGCCGUCCGGCCGGGAGGAGGCUGCCGAGGAAUCUCACUGCAUCUGGGCGCCUACGCUCUGACGGAUGUAGCGACGCCGCGGCCGCUCGAUUGGUACCGGGAUCUCGGCGAGCACCGGUACGAGAAGUCGGUUCUGGGAUGGGUGGACCUGGAGAACGUGCCUGAGGUCCGCCGGAUCACCGAGUUGCACACGCCGGGAUCCAGCGCCUCCACGAGGCAGUUGAGGGCGGCGUCCGUCGCCCAGAUCGCGUCGAAGCUGCCGAAUUUGGCGAAGGUGUGGUGGAGUCUGAAUGAUUGUGCGUUCUCCGAAGAUGAGAUCCGGCACAAGUAUCGAAAAGAUUUCGCCGACGCGCUUUUGACAAUCGACAAUCAACAUUUGACGGACUUCAGCUUGUUCCUUCAUCUGGAAGAUCCGCAAAACGAUGGUUUCCAGAUGCCUAGUGGUACCAAUCCGGCUGACCCAGGUGUCGAUGAGCUGAGCAUAGCUCUCCAUACCUUGCUGUCCACCUCUCCCAAACUUCUCAAUUUCAAGCUCUUCAUGACUCUUUCGCCUAGCAUUUUCGGUCCCGAUUCUGUGUCCUCCUCCUCAUCAUCAUCAAAUGGCCCCUCUUCCCAGGGAGUCAGAUGGCCGCAACUUCGCAAAGCGGAGAUCCAGAUGGGCCGGACGACCGCCGCCGGCACGUGGCUAUACAAAACCCCGCCUCUGACAGACGCGGACCAAGCUGCCUGGGUCGACCGCGAACUCGACAGCGACUACUCAAUGUCAUCGUACAUGACGUCUUGGUCUUCCGAGGAGGACGUCGAUCCGGACGACUCGGACUGGGCCGAGACGUAUCACCCAUGGCACGACGGCCUCAUAACCGGCCAGCGCCCGCGCCGGUACUUCAGGUGUCAGGUAGAUACGACGGUGCUCGAGCCAUUCAUAUUGGCUGCGUCGAGGAUGGUGAUGGAGGCGAAAAAGGGGGAGGCCGGGAUGGCGGAAAGAAACGUGCCGAGGCUGGAGGCGUUGGAGAUUCAAGUGGGUGAAGAUGCGGGUGGUUGGGAUUCCGAUAGAGAGAAACAGAUAUAUUGGGCGUGCUUUGAUGGACGGGUCGAGGAUGGGGGCAAGAGGAAGGUGGAGGUGGUUACGGUACCUGGUAAUUCCGCAGAGCCUCCGUCGUGGAAUCCGUCCAAGCAGUUGAGGGAACUGUGGGAGGAUUGGGUGGGAGAGGAUGGGAAAUUGGACAUUCGUCUUUCUGAGGAUUAUUAUUGA